UUAACGUGAUGACGUCGUGUAGUAGGAUCAGCUAUGAUGGCAACCGUGGGUUGACAUCGAUACAUUUCUGAAUAUAAACUAUUUAAAAGUUAGCGGAAAACCCCCGACACAAUACCGUAGAGCAAGUUAACAAUUGUCUGAUAGCACACACUUAAACACGCCCGCCCGGUUUGGGGAACGGUCAGCAUGUUGGGGUAGGUCUAAGAACCAAUUGUCUUUCCUUGCAUCCUUCUCUUUGCAUGAAGUGGCACUAUGCCCGCAGCUACCGUGGAUCACAGCCAAAAAAUAUGUGAGGUUUGGGCCAACAACCUGGAGGAGGAGCUGAAGAGGAUCCGACAUGUCAUCCGAAAAUACAACUGCAUUGCUAUGGACACAGAGUUUCCAGGUGUAGUAGCCAGACCAAUUGGAGAGUUCAGAAGCAACGCGGACUAUCAGUACCAGUUACUGCGCUGCAAUGUGGAUUUGCUCAAGAUAAUCCAGCUGGGCCUUACGUUUAUGAACGAACAAGGGGAAUACCCUCUGGGAACAUCAACAUGGCAGUUCAAUUUUAAGUUUAAUCUCACAGAAGACAUGUACGCACAGGACUCCAUCGAGCUCUUGACCACUUCAGGGAUUCAGUUCAAGAAGCACGAGGACGAAGGCAUCGAGACGCUGUACUUUGCCGAGCUGCUGAUGACAUCGGGGGUCGUGCUCUGCGAUGGCAUCAAGUGGCUGUCUUUUCACAGUGGCUAUGACUUUGGAUACCUGAUCAAGAUUCUGUCCAACGCUAACCUGCCUGAGGAGGAGGUGGACUUCUUUGAGAUUCUUCGCUUGUACUUUCCAGUCAUUUAUGAUGUCAAGUACCUCAUGAAGAGUUGUAAAAACCUGAAGGGCGGGCUGCAGGAGGUCGCUGAGCAGCUGGAGCUGGAGAGGAUCGGACCGCAGCAUCAGGCCGGCUCGGACUCGCUGCUCACAGGCAUGGCUUUCUUCAAGAUGAGAGAGAUGUUCUUUGAGGAUCACAUUGAUGAUGCGAAGUACUGUGGUCACCUGUACGGGCUCGGCUCCGGCUCCGCCUACGUCCAGAACGGAACCGGCAACGCUUACGAAGAGGAGGCGAACAAGCCGCAGUCGUGACACCCCUUCCGAAAAGUCGCCCACGUGCACAAUCAGGCGCGGCGCUGAAGCCAAGCUUUCGCCAGACAGAUGACGUUGAUUAUGGAAGAACACAAAACCAUACGCACAUCAUUCAGCAAGCUGCUUCUCAUAGGCUCUGCUCACUGUAGACAACUUAAUAAGACAAAACCGAAAUCACAGCUGUCCUCACACAUGCCCUGUGUGUGUUUGUGUGUGUGUGUGUGUGUGUGUGUGUUUGUUUGGUUUGGAUCACUUGAAUUUAACAUGCUUGGAAAGAUGGGAUUUUAGUUUUCCUAAAAUGUUCUGUAGACAUGUUUUGCACUUUAAAGCUCUAACUUGAUUUUAUAUGGAAAGCUGGAAAA